GAAUAUGCCCCGCGCUAAUUCACGAUAAGAUAAGAGCUCCUGUGAGGGAGAGGCGGCCCAGGAAGUCCGGAGCGCCGCGUUGCUUUUCAUGACCUCGUACGAUCUUAAAAUACCCCGAUUCCGCAACAAGUGACGCCUCCAAAGGAAGAGAAGAGUAACUCGCUGCUCCUUUCAAGUGAUUCCUCCACUGCGCGACCUAGGAUUUGCGAUCCCAGGCAAACCGCCUGGAGCAUGCCCAUAUCCAGUAUUAAGAUCCCUCUUCGGCCCUUCUCCAUCGUCUGGUCUCCAUUCCGGGCCCUCCUUGCUUUCGCUCUCCUGUCCAUUCCCAUCACCGUUCUCUUCCGCAACCCACGAAGGCUCACAUACCGCCCAUCUUUCGCUUCACAAACACCGCCCGCAACGACCAAAAUGGCGGGCAAAAAGAAGAUCGCGAUCAUGACGUCGGGCGGCGACUCGCCCGGCAUGAACGGCGUUGUGCGCGCCUGCGUCCGUAUGGCCAUCCACUUAGGCUGUGAGGCCUAUUGCGUCUACGAGGGUUACGAAGGUCUUGUUCGUGGCGGCAACUUAAUACGUAGGAUGCAAUGGCUCGAUGUGCGUGGUUGGCUGUCCGAGGGCGGCACGCUGAUCGGCACCGCCCGCUGCAUGGCAUUCUUCGAACGCGCUGGCCGCCUGGCCGCCGCAAAGAACCUAAUCGCCGAAGGCAUUGAUGCGCUCAUCAUCUGCGGCGGCGAUGGCUCGCUCACCGGAGCUGAUAGGUUUCGCGCCGAAUGGCCGUCGCUGAUCCAGGAACUCGAGGACACCGGCGUGUACACGGCCGAGCAACUCGCCCCCUACCGACACCUGAACAUCGUCGGCCUGGUCGGAUCUAUCGACAAUGAUCUCUCCGGGACGGAUGCCACCAUUGGCUGCUACUCGGCCCUCGCCCGGGUCUGCUACGCCGUCGAUCUCAUCGAAGCCACGGCCUCGUCACAUUCUCGCGCUUUCGUCGUCGAGGUCAUGGGGAGGCAUUGUGGGUGGUUGGCAUUGAUGGCCGGUGUCGCCACGGGCGCAGAUUUCAUUUUUAUCCCGGAGAAGCCUAGGGAGGAUAACUGGAGAGAGGAGAUGUGUGGGAUUGUCGAACAUCACCGGAAACUCGGAAAGCGCAAGACCAUCGUCAUCAUCGCCGAGGGGGCCCUCGAUAGGGAGGGAAACAAGAUCAGCCCUGAGAUGGUGAAGGAUCUGCUCGCCGACAAGAAUGGCCUCGGCCUCGACACCCGCAUCACAACCCUCGGCCAUGUUCAGCGUGGCGGAACCGCCGUCGCAUACGACCGGAUGCUGGCAACGCUGCAGGGCGUGGAAGCUGUCAAGGCUGUUUUAGAGGCUACACCGGACACACCCACAUGCGUCAUUACCAUCAACGAAAAUAAGAUUGUCAGGAAGGGGCUCAUGGAAGCCGUACAGGAAACCAAGAUGGUGGCCAAGGCGAUAGAGUGUCAGGACUUUGACCGAGCCAUGGGGCUACGUGACACCGAGUUUUCCGAGCAGUACAGGUCCUUCAUGAUGACAACAGCCGUUCAGGUGAACCACAAGAUGCAGGUCGCCGAAAAAGAUCGCAUGAAAAUCGGUUUCAUCAACGUCGGCGCUCCCGCCGGCGGUAUGAACGCUGCAGUCCGUGCUGGUGUGGCGUACUGCCUGUCCCGUGGCCACGAACCGGUUGCCAUCUACAACGGGUUUGCUGGGUUUGCCCGGCACCACGGCGACUCCCCUCUCGGGGCCGUCCGCCCCUUCGACUGGCUUGAAGUGGACGGCUGGGCAAGCAAAGGCGGUUCGGAAAUAGGCACGAACCGCGAGCUUCCUAGCGAGUCCGGCAUGGAGAGAAUCGCCGAUCUGAUCGAGCACUACAAAUUCGAUGCUCUGUUCCUCAUUGGCGGCUUCGAGGCCUUCCACGCCGUGUCCCAGCUGCGGAAGGCCAGGGAUCAGUACCCCUCCCUCUGCAUCCCCAUCACGCUCCUCCCCGCGACCAUCUCCAACAACGUGCCCGGCACCGAGUACUCGCUCGGCUCAGACACGUGCCUCAACGAGCUGGUCGAGUACUGCGAUAAGAUCAAGCAGUCGGCGUCCGCCACGCGCCGCCGCGUCUUCGUCAUCGAGACCCAGGGCGGCCGCUCCGGGUACGUCGCUACGCUUAGUGGCCUGGGCGUUGGCGCCACCGCCGUCUACACACCCGAGGAGGGCGUUAGCCUGGAUAUGCUCGCGGCCGACGUGCGCCACCUCAAAUCCGUCUUUGCCCAGGACCAGGGCCAGUCCCGCGCAGGCCGCCUUAUCCUCAUCAACGAGAAGGCCUCCAAGGUCUACAACGCCCGUCUCAUCGCCGAGAUCCUCCGCGAGGAGGCCCACGGCCGCUUCGAGAGCCGCGAGGGCAUCCCGGGCCACAUGCAGCAGGGCGGCGUACCCUCGCCAAUGGACCGCUGCCGCGCCGUCCGCCUAGCCAUCCGUUGCAUCCAGCACCUCGAGCAGUUCGGCCGCAACGUUCACAACAAGGUCAAGAAUGACCCCAUGAGCGCCACCGUCAUCGGUAUUAAGGGGGCCAGCGUCGUCUUCACCCCCGUAACCAAGGUCGAGGAGGAGGAGACCGACUGGCCCAACCGCCGGCCCAAGGCUGAGUUCUGGCUGGGAAUGAAGGACAUUGGCGAUAUCCUGGGCGGCAGGCCCAAGUACCACCCCCCGGAGUCUGACCUGACGGGGAUCAAGGCCAAGGACGUGAAGAGGGGUAUCGAGGGUUUCUAAAAGGGGGAUUUGACUCUUCUUUUUUUUUUUUUUUUGGUUGCUGUUGGGAAGAGAAGGGGGGUGAAUGGAUUGACUCUUUGCUCAUCAGUCAAGAUGACCAUGUGUGCUGUCACACGAGGGACAACCAGUGGAUGUGGGUGUGUCGCUUGCUGGGAGUUGUUGCUCACCUGUUCCUACCUGCCUUGUUGUGCAUCUAUCUCGUUGCCUAGAGGGGGGUAUUUGUGAAGCCGGGAGGAUGGUGAGGCACAGACAGACAGAUUCUUGAUAUUCCUGCCAUUUUGUUUCACAGCCUAACCCCCUUUCUGUACCCAGUACCCUGCAAUGUUGCGGCCCCCCUCUCAUCGAAACAACUGAGACACGAAUUGGAAUCGCAUUUCCGCUUGCGGGAUGUCACGUCAAUCAUCUCCCUCGUAAAGAUGCCGGCCGGUAUCAACCAUCUUAAAUUUUCGAGACAACAUUUAUU